AUGGACGAGAAAACCCCCCUUGUAUCCGAAAAGGAGACACCUCCCAACUACCCACCGCUAGACUAUAUCACCGCCGCCCGCGAACACGGCCUCCCCAUCCGCCAAUCCGGGCCGAUCCGCAAAGGCCCGCAACCGAUUGAGUUACCCAUCCUCGCGUACAUGAAAUCGCACCGCGUGAUCCUCGCCUCCGCUUCACCCCGCCGCAAAGCGCUCCUCGCCCAAGUCGGCCUCACCAACCUCGAAAUCCUGCCCUCGACGAAGCCCGAGAAUCUCCCCAAAACGGACUUCGGAGACCCCUUCGAAUACGUGCGAGCCACAGCGCGGCAAAAGUGUCUCGAUAUUUAUGCUCAGGCCAUCAAGGAAAACGAAAAUGACAAGAGCAAGGGCGACCCGGACGUGGUCAUCGCGGCCGACACCGUCAUCGUAACGCGCGCCGGGCAGAUCCUGGAGAAGCCCCGCAGCGAGACGGAUCAUAUCCGCAUGCUGAAGCUACUAAGGGACACGCGGGUGCACCGCGUACUAACGGCGGUGUGCUGCAUGGCGCCCAAGGCGGACGCGUCGCACCCGGGCUAUGAGAUCGAUUCGUUGGUCGAGGAAACUAAGGUUUUCUUUGCGCAGGAAACGGAUGGGCUGCCCGAUGAUGUGAUUACGAGCUAUGUGCGGACGCGGGAGGGCGUCGACAAGGCUGGCGGGUAUGCGGUCCAGGGGAUUGCGGGAUUGGUCAUGGUGGAGAAGGUGGAUGGGAGCGUGGAUAAUGUUGUGGGGUUGCCCGUGAGGAAGUGCUUGCAAUUGUGCGAGAAGGUGGUGUUUAGGCAGGGGCAGGAGAGUGGCGGGGAGAGUGAGGGAGAGGAGGAGUUUUGA